AUGCGGGCAGCGUCGCGCAGUGGUGUGGGUACCUCUGCUGGCCCAGGACGUCAGGUUGGUGACCGCAGCUACUACAUCGGGCUGAUCCGCCCCAAGAUUGCGGAGCUCUCGGCUGAGAUUGAGCGACUGCAGGAGCAGGAGCAGCUCAUCGACCGCAACAGCUCUGUCCUCACGCAGCUGCAGCAAAAGUCGAAGACGCUGCAGGACGGUAUUGCCAAGCUGAAGGACACGCUCGCGGAUGUAAACGUUGCCGUGGAAAAUUCGAGCUCGCUCGACCUCGCUGCCGUGAAGGAAGAGUCUGCGCGACUGGAGAAGCAGAACAUCGACCGCCGCAAGAAGGUCGACGACCUUUUCCUCGCUGUGAAGGACACGGACGCCAAGACGAAGGCGACGCUGCAGUCGCUGGAGGAGGAAAUCCAGCAGCUGGACAGGCGCAUACUCAACGAGAACCAAGACUACAACUCCUACAAGGCCAUCCGCGACGAGGCCUUUGCGGUGUCGGAUAUGGUGCUGGAUCGCCAACACGAGCUGCGAACGCUGCAAGCAAAGCAAGAACUGCUGAUGGCGAACCUCGCUGGCGACCCGGACAAGAAGCGCGCCGCCGAGAUGCUGCGCGGCAUUCUGCGCAAGCGACGGGAGAGCAAAGAACUGCAGAACCAGUGCUCCCUCUCUGUCAAGGAGGAGCAGGAGAAGUUGAUUGGGCAGCUCAAGGCAACCCGCUCCGACAUUGAGGUGCUGGAGCGGCAGGUGAAUGACAUCCGCGACACGUUGCAGGAGUCGCGUGCCCGACAAAGCGCGCUGGAGGAGGAGGUGAAGAACUUCAGUGGCGAAAACGUGCAGGCUUUCCAGGAACUCCAAGAGAAGGACCGCGAGAUGCAGACCUUCAUUGACGAGUACCCCGACAAGGAGCGGGCGGAGCUGGAUAAGAUUGCCGAGACGCAGCGGCACAUCGCUGACCUGCUGAGCCGCAUAUCGCAAGCCCUCGAGAUGCAGCGGCAGAUGCCGUCGGAGAACAAUACUGACACCCUCCACGACUUGACGACGCAGGUGGAUGCGAAGCGAGACCAGAUUCAGAACGACGUGAAGACCCACCAGCGCCUGGAGAAGGAACUGCUCGAGCGCAAGGUGGAGCUGGACAAGGUGGCGCACCUCGACAAGAAGAUCAAGGAGGAGCUGGCGUCGCACAGCGCCAAGAUGGCGGAGCAGAAGGCUGAGAUGGAGAAGUUCAGCGACCUUGACAGACUGCGGGCGGAGGUGGAGGACACGCGCAAGGUGCUUAGCGCACAGCUAGCCUACUACACCCGCCUACGAGAUGGGUCGAAGGCUCAGCUGAAUGCGCUCACGGCGGAGUACGAGGCGCGCAAGAAGGAGCUGCACGCGGGCGAUGUGUUCACCACACUCUCAACACAGGAGCAGCGCAUCCGCAUGCUGUGGCAGUCCACCUUCUCCCUAGAAGACUACGUGCGUCUGAGGGAGAAGGAAACGCAGUACCUCGGCACUAAGGCGGAGUGCCUGCGGAUCGUCGAUGAAGUGAACUUGUUAUUGCAGAACCCCUCUCGGAUUGCCGGAAUGGGGACGGCGCCGCUCUUUAGUGCCACCAGCACGCAUUAG